GGAGGAGGAGCAGCAACAGGAGGAUGUGGAGGGCGGUGCUGCUGGUGGUGGUGCUGGUGAGGGCGGCGGCUGGGCCCCUGGGAAGCCCAAAUGGAGUCCGCUCAUGAAGCUGCUGCUGCCGGACCCGGAGGAGGGCUGGAUUCGAGCAGCACAAGCUCGAGCACCGCCAGCAGCACGAGCAGCGGCAGGAGCAGCAGCAGCCCCGGCAGCAGCAGCCCCGGCAGCAGCAGGAGCAGACCCGGCAGUUGCAGCGGAGGGGCCGGACGCGGGGCCUGCUGCGGACAGCCAUGCUGAUGCUGCCACCACCACCACCACCACCGCUGAUCGUGCUCCUGCGCCUGCUUUCCCAGCUGCUCGCCCCACCGCCGCUAGUGCUGCGUGUGUUGCGUACUUUGCUGCCAGACGCCAAAGACUUGCCGACCGCAGACGCGGCGCCGCAGCUAACGCGUCUGCAUCUGUUCCUGCUUCCGCUCCUGCUUCCGCUCCUGCUCCGGGCAUUCAACAGGACUUCCUCGCCACCCAAGAAGCUCCGCAGCAGCAGCAGCAGCAGCAGCAGCGAAAACGGAGAUAUUGCAGCCGUAGGGGGCGGCGGUUGGGGCUUGACCGGCUGGGUGUGGCUGUCGUACGGCCUCGGCGGCCGGAGGGGCUGCCGUACGGGGUUUGGUCCAUGGUGCGGGCGGGUGAGGCGGCGGCGGCGGCAGAGGCGGAGACGGCGGAGGAGGAGACGGUGGCGGUGGCGGCGGAGGCGAGGGAGGAGGCGGCGGGGGAGCGAAUGGAGGUGGACGAGGUUGUAGCUAGGGACAGGGAAGGGGCGCAGGAGGGGUUGCAGGAGGAGCCGACGACAGAGAUGGAUGAGGGGCAGCAGCAGCAGCAGCGGGAGAAGCAAGCUCAACCCCAACGUUGCCGUACAACGCAACCGCAGCAACCGCCGCCUGAGCUGUCGUACGCCUCUCGUGUAGUACAGCAGGCUGUACGGCAGCGGCUGGAAGCCGCACCCUACCCAGUCCUCCUGCCCGAGCUCUCCCAAGCGACGGUGGACGCCUCGCGUAACCCGCUCAUCUUCAAGUCAAACUAUCGAUGUGACGUGCAGGAGCAACGGGACUCCAUGAAUGACAACGCGACCUCUUCUGUAAUGCGGAGAACGCUGGCGUACCGGCGGAAAUCCACCCUGAAGCGGCUGAGAGGGGUGGUGAAGGCGGAGGUGGCAGCGGUGCGACGGAAGGCUGAGGAUGGAGCAGCAGAAGGAGCUGCAGCAACCGAGGAGGCUGCGGAGGCGCCGCCCUCCCUUUGGGAGCUCGAAUACCAGGAGCUCGCGCUCAUGGCGCUGGAGGUUGGAAGGCUGGCAGCGGCCAACAACGCUGAAAAAGGCGGCGAUGGCGAUUUGCAGCAGCAGGCGGCAGCGCCGGAGGCGGAUCCGCCGGGCCUUGCGCUGCGCUGCUUGGGUCACGUCGUACCUGUUACCUCCGCCGCCGCCGCCAGGGAGGGUACCGUUGUCACGCUGCCGACGUCGGGACAGAUAGUGGAGAAGCGAAUGCGGGC